AGGGGCCAAACGCAAGGGGGGGGGGGGAGUCGCACCAUCCCGUACCUACCAACCCCAAUGGGGGCGUACCCCCCCCCCAUUUACGCCGUCGAAGGACGCAAAAUGGCCUGUGCCGGCGAGAAUUAAGGGUGACAGGCACACAGAUUUGUAAAAAUCUAAAUGAGGAAAAGGUUUCGGGAAAAUUUGCCGUUGGUGACCUCCACUGACCUCAACGUUGAUCUGAUAGAAGUUAGAACAAUGAUUUUUACUUAAACUGAAAACUAUCUCUGAAAAGCCUAGCUCAAUUCGAUUACUUUGUUUGCGUUUUAAAACUUUCUGAGUUUUCAAGGUAAUUGGGUGUGGCCAGAAAAUACGUACCUUGGCUUCUUUUGCCAUUACCUACCUACUUCUGUCCUCAAGUCCCGAAAACACGCUCAUAUCGACUACUGGCCUGACAUCUAUACACGUUCUAUUUCAAGCCAGGCAGGUUGAGAGCGUUGAGAGGGCGCUGGAUUCGCCUGAGUGCCUCGAUUACAACCACCAUCAUCACAAGAGGCUGAUCGGAUAUGAAAAACCCAUCAUUCUUAUUUGAGUUUUAUUUUAAAUGUACUCUUUGCUCGCAAUUUAUACUCAUACGAUCAAGUGUCAGCUGGAAUUAAAUUAAAAAUGAAGAAGGUGCUCCUCUCAUUCCUUUCAUUCACAAAUUCUGCAUCUCUAAGUUGCCAGUACUUUGAAGGUACUUGGGGUAAAAUAACCACCAUCUCUAUUAUUUGUUAUGGUUUUAUUUAAAUAGUUUUUGAAACAAAAAGCAGCAAAAUAUUAUGCAAUUGAAAAAUUAUGGGUUCACUAGCAGCUUCGAGUAGGAAACCUGAUAUAAACAUGACAGACUAGCUCAAGUACUUUUGCGAAUCCUCAUGUUUGUACUCUUAUGCAGUGCAAACUGUCAUCACUAUUUGCUCUGUCGGUACGUCGUCGGACAUAUUUGAUGCGUAGGAGGCCUGAAGAUACGAUAUUUCUUCGUCGGUGGGCUGUUUUGAUAAACAGCAGCAGCAGCAGCAGCAGCAGCAGCAGCAGCAGUGGUAGCCUCCCCGGCUGUGGGCCGCCAUGAAGAUCACCCUGGUGGGCAGUGCGUCGUCGUCGGUGGCGGUGGGCGCGGCCGAUGACGUGCCGCUGGCCGCCGACCUGGUGCAGGAGACCACCGAGCUCAGUGUCUCGGGCGAGCCGGACGUCCCGCUGGACGGCGCCGUGGUCUCCCUGGCCCCGUCCACAGCCGUGUCGAGCUCUGCGCUGGACACGGCCGGUGCCAGCGGCGUCAGCAAGCCCGUGCUGCAGAACGCCAACUUCAGGGUGGUCAAAGUUACAAACGCUCCGGGCGAGAGCGUCGAGGAGACCAUUCAGAAGUACGUCUCGAACGUGACGGCCAAUGGCGGCGGCGGCGGUGGCAGCGGUGGUGGCGGCGGUGGCAGCACCAUCACCAGUGGCGGUCAGCAGAUCAUCAUCCUCAAGUACGCCGAUCCUGAUGAGGUCAAGGUGAAGUCGGAGCCGGUCGUGCAGCAGGCCACGCGCAGGGAGCUGCAGCAGACGGACGACGGCCUGUGGAUGGAGGUGGAGGUGCCGAUCGGCGCCGAGGUCAACGUCAACCAGCAGAACCCCGAUCAGCAGACCAUCAUCGUCGAGGAGAUGCCCAUGUACUUCACAGAGGGUGGUCAGGUGAUCGAGUACCAGAUUGCCGCCGAUGACGCCAAGCCUGAGGAGACGGCCGUCGCAGCCGGCACCUCGGCCAAACGGCGACAUCUGGUGCUCGACUCGACCAACGCCAGUCCGAGCAAACGGCACAAAAAGGACGCGCUACUGACCACCUCCUCCCCGUACCACAAGUGUCCCGACUGUGGCGAGGAGUUUGUGGCCAAGUACAAACUACUGGCGCAUAGGAAGAUCCACGACGGCAAGCAGCCGUACGCGUGCGGUCAGUGCGGGGAAAUGUUCCCUGUGAAGAACAUGCUGGCGAAUCAUUUGAUGCAGCACUCGGGAGAGCUGACGUGUACGUUCUGUUCGCGCGUGCUGUCCACAAAGCGAUCUCUGCAGAGGCAUAUCGCUCAACAUACUGGAGAGAAGGAGUACAAGUGCACACAGUGCGAUAAGGACUUUUUCGACCGGAUCCAGCUGGUGGAGCACAUGCGCACACACACCGGAGAGAAGCCUUUCGCCUGCCAAGUGUGCGGCACAGCGUUCGCGCGCAACUCCAAUCUGCUGGCCCACAUGCGGAUCCACCGGGACGAGAAGCCCUACCACUGCGCGUUCUGCGGGCGGCUCUUCAGGUGGCGCAACAACAUGGUUCUACACCAGAAGAAGCACCUGGAGAGUGGCGAGGUGGACGCGCUAAUGGACGCGCCGCUGGGCGACGGCGACGAGGUCGAACCGGCCGGCUUCCACGAUGAGAGCAACGGGACAGAGGCGAGCAACUAGCCGGCGCCUGCUCCGAGUGGACCCCGGGCGGCGGCUCCGAGACGGCUGGGGCGCGACCGCAACUCCGGAGGCCGAUCCGGAAUGGACACAAGACGCCCCGAGGCUCUGACGUUCGAAGCUCGGGAGCGUCUAGUGCGUCUCGGAGUUUACAGACGGCUCGGGGUCGGCUGAUCGUCGUACGCCGGCGCCUCGUCCAACCAUCUAGUCAGUAUGUACCUUGGCCACGUCCGGCGGGGCGGCUGAGACGUGACGUGACGUUACGCCGUGACGCUCGGGCGAACGGACGGCCGGCGCCGAGACGACGUGAUAGUGCGCGGUGCUCGUGGACGCUUUCCGGCGCCGACUCGCGGCUUUAUGAACUGUGCAGAUUCCGUGCUAUGCACGCCGUGGUGGGCGCUACUAUCGGACGCUAGUGCUGGCGAUGAGACGCUGGGACGGAGGGACCGCCGACCGAGUCGCCCCCCGCGCCCGGCCGUCAGGCACGGAGCGACAGGCACGUGCCGCUCCAAGCGCCUAUGAGCUUUCGUCUCGCAGAGUACAAAGUGCGUGGAUGGUCUGGUCAACCUGAGCGGCGGCAGAGUCUCGGCCGCCCCCCUCCAGAGGGGAACACUGUCGCUGCCGGGCACGGCGGCUGGUGCUUUUACGUUGAGGUUUUUAUCUCCUUUGCAGAGCGUUAAUGAAUGCGCCGUGGUGGGGCGUAUGGUGGUUUGCGGUCACAAAUGAAUUUUUCGCAUCACCGGGGCGCGUGCACACACACCGGUUUCGGACGGUGUCUCCUACCGCACCCCCUGCCCCUCCCUGCGCUCCUUUCCUCGCCGCCGCCGGCUGCCGCUGCGCUCAGAGGCGGUGCAGCGCUGGUGACCGCGUGUUGACCUGUGACAUGUGACCCGGUCGUCUCUACCGAGCACGACCGGACACUGAGGGCAUCCAUUGUUUGUAUAUUGUACAUAGCGUUGUUUGAAGCGGAAAUACAUACAGCGAUGUAUAUUAA